UCUUAAUAUGCCUCAAAAGCAGAAUUUUACGCCAAGGAAAAUAAUGAAAGAACCUAAGAAAGCGAAUUUGUUUAGGAAAAUAUCAGAGAUUUGCAAUGUUCUCCCUUAUUUUGGACCAAUUGAAAACUGAGACUUAUUGAUGACCACUUUUAGCACCAACUCAAGGAAGAUAUGGAAUGAUAAUAUCAAGAUAUGGAUCAGAAUUUUGAAGGAUACAUUGGUACCAACCAAAAUUACCCAUGAAAAUAUCAAAGAGCACACUGAUAUAUAUUCCAACCAUAUUUACACCUACAAACUUGAUUUUAAUAUCAAAGAAGUACUAGAAGACCAGAAGAUAAUACUAUCUUUUCUGAAGAGUUUAAAGAAUCCGAUCCAAGUGACCUCUUUCCUUAUCAAACCGUACAUUUCUAGUGAGAUAUCUGAGUUUCCGGAUGAAUCUCUUAAUGAGUCACUAAAGAUAUUUUCAGAAGCUCUCGGAUUGCCAGUCGGAAAUAGAGAUAGUUCAAAGAUUUCUAGAAAGAAUUUAGCUUUCAGUCCAAUUUUCCAAGUUCCUUUUAAGAUGUCUUCAUCGUCACUCAAUUCAGGCCUGUUAGUUCAGUAUCCAAGUGCUGGGAGCAGUUGGAGCUUAAGCAACAAACGCCAGCUAAUUUUGAAGAAUAUUACAUUUCAAGGGAUAUUCCUCCUCGCUUGAGAGAAGGUCACUAAGGAAGAACAAGAGAGAUUAAGUAAAGUGACCACUAUCGAGAUUGUCGAGAGGAUGUGGUGAACAUUGCAGACUGAAAGAGCAUUUACAGAAAUGAAUACCGUACUUAGAAAGUACCUUCCAAACCUUACUCACAUAUGGCUAAAAAACGAGUCACUCCAAACUCUUCUAGGCCAAAUCGAGUUAAUGAAGCUAUUCCUAGACCUAAACGCCACUAUCCAUUGCCCUCCAGGCCCUCUUCACAACACAUAUCACACAACUCUCUACUCCUCUUCAGCUUACUUCAAAAACUCAGUGAUGUUCAUGUCAGAAGAAAUUGUUACCUCAGCCAUAACAGUAAAAGUGACUGGGAAAAUGCACCUUAGUUCAGAUAGACUUUUUAUAGAAGAAGGAUAUAUUACAAAAUUCAGGAAACCUAGGAAUGCAGAGAUUGAUUUAGAAGAGCAAUCAGAAAUAAGAUGUUACUCUUUUGACACAUUGAUUGUGAACUUUAUCAUGGUCAAGCUGAAAGAUUUAGAGAAGAUAGAAAUAGAAUAUGCAACUUUAUCAAGAGGCAGUGGACGAUUGAAAAUGCUUGAUGGGAAUAAAGAAGGUCUUAUAGCUUCUGAGAAGCUUUUUAAAGGUUUGAAUAAGCAAUGAAUUGUAAAAAUCACCAACCCACUAAACCAUUCCUUCAAACCUCUCAAGACCUCCAAACACUCCCGCAACACUCCUCAGCCUUACCCUAACCUCCCUUCUUUCCUAACAAAACCUUCAAAAUCCCUCCCUCACAAAAUCGAACUAGAUAUCCCAAUGCCUUCAUGUCCAAUUUCGAAACCCUUGGCUUGCCUUGAUCAUAUCUCUUCGCUUCACCUGAUCAUGGAGGCUUGGCAAGCCAAGCCUCCAUGAUUAGUAGAGACCUUAAGGGAAAUCCUUAGGUUACCCAACUUGGCUUCAGUGAAAAUCAGGAAAAAGACUCCAAAAGCGUUCGAAAUCAAGAAGAAAUCUCCCCAAAGUGGGAUCUCAAGUAGAAAGCUGUUGAGGCAGGCAGACCUGCCGGUCAGCCUGCCUGUAAGCUUUGAUAAUUUAUAAACAUUCAUGGUAUUUUAUGAAGGAUUGUGGCUUCAAGGGUAGUCAAGCUUUGGUUAAUGCUCUUUAAAAUUUAUUUAGCUUGCUUUAUGAUUGGAAUUGCUGUAAACAAAGAUCCAUAUUAAAUCUUCAAUUUAUUAGAAAUUUA